AAUGUAAUGGGUAGCAUGACAUUGAUGUUUAGUUACCCUCCACUUUCUCACAGGGUGCCAGAAGAUUAUCGAACUAGACGGUCACUUGAAUUGGUAGAAUCCUUAAAGGAACAUCCCCAGAAUCCCAACCAGAUCUUGAUUGGAUACAAUAGAGGCCUGAUUGUUCUCUGGGACUUGAAAAGCAACAAAGCAAUGCACCAUUUUCUUGGAAAUCAGCAACUGGAAAACCUCUUUUGGCAGAAGAACGGCCAUCAAAUCGUCAGCUGCCAUUCUGAUGGGAGUUAUAUUCAGUGGCCAGUUUCAAGUGAUGAUAGGCAGCCUGAGCCACUGGAAAGUAAAAUGCCUUAUGGUCCUUUUCCUUGCAAGGCCAUCACCAAGAUCUACUGGCAAAUAGCAAAAAAUGGGCUUCCUUACAUUAUAUUUCAAGGAGGGAUGCCACGAGCAAGUUUCGGUGAUCGACACAGCAUUUCUGUUAUUCACGGCAAUCAGCAAAUAGCCUUUGACUUCACAUCACGAGUGAUAGACUUCUUUGUCAUUGCCAGUCCUGAUCCACUUGCAGAGUUUGAUGACCCAUCUGCAAUGUUGGUGCUAGCAGAGGAAGAGCUGGUGGUAAUAGACCUCAAGUCUCCAGGAUGGCCUUCCGUCCCACCCCCGUAUCUUGCAUCCCUUCACUGCUCAGCUAUUACCUGUUCCCAUCAUGUCUCCAAUAUUCCACUGAAGCUGUGGGAAAGGAUAAUCAGCGCAGGGAACAAACAGAACUCUCACUUCUCCAACAUGCCAUGGCCAAUUGAUGGAGGUACCAGCUUAGCUCCUGAUCCUCCCCAAAGGGACUUGCUGCUUACUGGGCACGAGGAUGGGACAGUGCGGUUCUGGAACGCAUCCGGUGUCUGUUUGAGCCUCUUGUAUAAGUUGAGUACCGUGAGAGUGUUCCUCACAGAUGCUGACCCCAAUGACAAUAUGAACCAAAUGGGGGACGAUGAGUGGCCUCCACUGCGCAAGGUUGGCUCCUUCGACCCUUACAGUGAUGACCCCAGGCUUGGAAUCCAGAAGAUCUUCCUAUGCAAGUACAGUGGCUACUUGGCUGUAGCAGGAACAGCUGGGCAGGUACUUGUGAUGGAACUAAAUGACGAAGAAGCAGAGCAAGUGAUCGACCAUGCAGAAGCAGACCUUCUCCAGGAUCAAGAGGGCUAUAGGUGGAAAGGCCAUGAACGGCUUAAAGCCAGAGAAGGGCCUGUUCGGUUUGAGCCUGGCUUUCAGCCUUUUGUCUUGGUUCAGUGUCAACCACCAGCAGUGGUUACAUCACUAGCUCUUCACUCUGAAUGGAAGCUGGUGGCCUUUGGUACGAGCCACGGCUUUGGGCUUUUUGAUCAUCAGCAGAAGCGUCUGGUCUUUGUUAAGUGCACCCUGCAUCCAAGUGACCAGCUGGCCUUGGAGGGCCCUCUUUCCAGGGUGAAAUCCUUAAAGAAGUCCCUCCGUCAAUCCUUCCGAAGGAUGCGAAGGAGUAGGGUGUCCAAUAGAAAGCGGCGAACUGCUGAGGUGCAAGAGGGAAUUCCCAGGUAUGACCAAGAUGCAUUACAAGAGAUAGAACUAGCUCCAGUCCAGCGGAAGAUUGAAGCACGGUCUGCAGAAGAUUCCUUCACUGGUUUUGUUCGCACUUUGUACUUUGCUGACACCUUCUUAAGAGACAGUUCUCGACACUGUCCCUCCUUGUGGGCUGGCACCAAUGGCGGCACCGUGUAUGCCUUCUCUCUGCGUGUACCUCCAGCUGAGAGGAGAAUGGAUGAGCCAGUCAAGGCAGAGCAGGCCAAAGAGAUCCAACUCAUGCACAGAGCACCUGUUGUGGGGAUUCUUGUGCUGGACGGUCGCAGCACUCCUCUCCCAGAGCCUCUGGAAGUAGCACAUGACCUUUCCAAGAGCCCUGAUAUGCAGGGCAGCCACCAGCUUCUCGUGGUGUCUGAAGAACAGCUCAAGAUUUUCACAUUGCCAAAGGUCAGCUCCAAACUGAAGCUCAAGUUGACCGCCUUGGAAGGCUGUCGGGUGCGGAAGGUGACAGUUGCCAACUUUGCUAGCAAUAAGGAUGAAUAUAGUGAGAACAACCUGGCUGUUCUGACCAACUUAGGAGACAUUCACAUCAUUUCCUUGCCUGUCCUCAAAAUACAAGUGCGAAAUCCCUGCAUCCGCAAGGAGGAUGUAAGUGGCAUUGCCUCCUGUGUGUUCACCAGAUAUGGACAAGGGUUCUACCUCAUCUCCCCAUCGGAAUUUGAGAGGUUUUCCCUUUCCACAAAGUGGCUAGUUGAACCACGCUGUCUGGUAGAAGCACCUGAAAACACAAGCAAUAACUAUGCACACAACAUGCCUGGCAUGGAAAAGGCUUCAAAGAAAUCAAACAGAGAAUCAGGACGGGGCUCUAGUGAACAGGGUGGAGAUGAGAGGAAGCCUGGAAAGUUGAUGGAAUGUGCCCUGCUCAAUGAUGAGAAAGUUCUGAAGGAAAUACAGAGCACUCUGGAAGGUGGAAGAGGGAGCUACGGUGACAGAAUUUCAAAACGAAUGCAAUUAGGACACAGACUAAGCAAUGGAGGAGCAGAAUGAGUGUGUUCUGGUGGUGUCACUGUGACGUCUGGCAUUUUGGAAAGAGUGCCAUAAUAUUACUGCCUGCCAUCCCUGGGGAGAUGCAUCCACUGAUCAUGGCCUUGAAUUAACUUGCAAGACUGAACCUUAGUUGGACACUGACCUCUUUCUCUUCUUCUGCGCUGUGCCUCACUUGAAGCUCUCUCUUCCUUGUUAGUCUUGCACACAGGCUGGAAUGAUUAUCUUGUGCUCCUUUUCCCAUCAUGCCUCUUCAUAUGUUUUUACAGUUCUUCAAAUGUUUGCACAGUUCUUUUCUUUUUUAAAAAAAAAUUCUACUGGAAUGGGUUUUAAAUUAUAAUUUUUGCUGUGUUGGGCACAGAGUUUUCAAUAUACUUUUACCUCUGAUUAAGAUUGUUUUGUACAUUUUUAAAAAAUCAUAAUGGGUGUUUUUGUUUAAUAGAGACCUAUUUUAGAAGUGUGCUUUUUUUAAAAAAAACUGAAUGGAAUAAUAUAUCACUUAGGUUACUGUAGCUGCUGGAAACUUUUAAAAUAAGGAAAUUGAAAAGGUUUUUUUUGUCAUGUUACGGUACUGUUAAAUGGAUUGGCAGACUUGGUAGAAUCUAUUUUUGUAGCUGUUCUGUUCAAAUCAGAAAAUUAAUCAAGCGUUUUGUGUCUGAACACUACAUUGAUCUUUCUUGAAAUAAACCAAUAUAUUUACAUA